AUGUCGAGCGUCGUGUCCAGCAAUGACGCGAAGGUCGCACCUUCAACAAAAAACAACAUGCUGAAAACAGAUGAGAAACGUCUGGUCAGAACCUCUUCGAUAGAAAAAAUAAAAAGAUUCAACUCGAUGAUCUGCUCCCAGCAAUACCUCAUCUUGCCCGCACUAUUGGGUUUGCUGAAAACUUCUCAACCAACUCUUCAAUUGUCUGCGGACAAGACUCUUCUUUACUUUGACGCCAUUUUGUGUAGGUUUUACCUAGCCUACUUGAUAAAUGUAACCAAGAAGCUGGCUGUGAACGUUCAACAAAGCGUGAAAGAUCUACCAGACGCGAUACUGAGGUUCUACCAAAUCUUCAGGCGGAAUUUGGAAUCUACAUUGGCUUUGACAUGUGCUGUCUAUUCAGCUAUGGCUCUCGUGAUCUUACAAAUGUUCCUGUUGUCGUAUUACCUGCGACUCAUCGUACUCCCUGUCGGCUUUUCGUUUUUGUUUAGCUGUAUGGUGGUCAUUCAGUAUCUGAAUUUCAAGACGACGUUUUUCUUCCUGCGAAGCCAUGAUAGGAGUGAUAAGGGUGACUGUAAGAAACAUAAAUGA